UUUCAUUGUGCACCAAUUGACAAGCGGCAGCCUUGCAAACGAGCAUCGAUGGCGGUAAUACGCCGCAUCGCCUUGGCGCUCGUCGCCGCCGCCGCGGCGGCCCAGGACCAGGCUGCCCCGGCUGAGGCCGACGAGAAGCCUGCCCCCAUUGUAUGUCCAGUAAGAGGCGGCGGCUACGACGACCGAUACGCGGUCGCGCAGCUGCUCAUCCUGCAGAAGAACAUCCCCCAGGCCGAGGCGUGUUUGUUAGAAGCGGUGCAGGUGUCGCUGGGCGCCAUCGCAUUGAUGUCCGACAUCGCGGCGGCGCAGCGUUUACCAUUGAGAGCUGCCGCAUUUAGCAGUGUAUUGGAGCAGCUGAAUCCUACUGAUGGGGAGACCGUCUACCUCCACGCGCAACGGCUGGGCCAAGCCGGCAAGUGGGACGACGCGCUCGCGCCAUUACUGCGGCUGCGCGAGUCGAACCCCGAGAACGCGAACAUUGCGAAUUCGUUGGGUGCUGCCUACUACCAGACCUUUGAUUAUGAGAAAGCGAUCAGUGCCUUCACUGCCGCGGCCACUCUGGCCCCGAAGAACGAGGACUUCGCCGCGAACCUCAAGAAGGCCUCGGCGGUCGCUGCGGGGGAAGAAGCCCACGACGCGCCCAUGAGCGCGCCCGAGGAGAAGAUCGAGUUGAAGAAGGACGAAGCUACUGCCUAAGGAGUUUGCUAGAAAAAUACCCCUAUUCCUAUCCUCAGGCUAGCACCCUUUUAGUAAGAACGCGUAUGAGCAC